AUGCACAAGUCCUUAGAAAUAGACUUUGUACCCUUUGUCCUAGUAAAUGGGUGUUAUGUCUACUUUGAAGAUGAGGAAACUGAAAUUCAAAGGUCUGACUACAGCCACUUGUCCUCAACCAGCAGUGAGCUUUCCGUGGAAGAGGCGCAAGACCCUUUCCUAGUGAGCAUCCACAUUAUCUCAGACCCAGGGGAGUCCCAGCCGCUGCAGGAGGCCAUCGACAAGGUGUUAGCCUGGAUCCACCCAGACCUCCCUCUGUUCCGGGUGUCAGAACGGCGGGCUGGCCGGCAUAGGCGGCGGAAGCCCCCCAAGGACUCACAGCCCUCACUGGCUGUGGUGCUGUUCCUGCAGGAGGAAUAUGGUGAGGAGCAGAUCCUGCAGUUGUACCGCAUGCUGCAGCGGCCACCCUGGCGCCACCAUCACACAGAGCAGGUGCAUGGCCGGUUCCUGCCCUAUCUGCCCUGCAGCCAGGAUUACUUCACACUGGCCCCCGGGACCCCACUGUGGGCCAUCAGGCCUGUGCACUACGGCAAGGAGAUUGUGCGCUUCACCAUCUACUGUCGCCACGACAACUAUGCAGACAGCCUCCGGCUCUACGAGCUCAUCCUGCGCCGGAGCCCCAGCCAGAAGAGAGCGGACUUCUGCAUCUUCCCUAUUUUCUCCAAUCUGGAUGUGGAUAUUCAGUUCUCCCUCAAAAGGCUGCCCUGUGACCAGAACCCGGUGCCCACCGACUCCUCUGUGCUAGAGUUCCGGGUGAAGGACAUUGGUGAGUUGGUGCCACUCUUGCCCAACCCCUGCAGCCCCAUCAGUGAGGGGCGCUGGCAGACCGAGGACCAUGAUGGCAACAAGAUCCUUCUGCAGGCCCAGAAGAAGCACAGGAAGUUCACCAAACCCAACAGAGCACACCACUCCUAUGAGAAGAAGCCUCAUUAUGCUCCUUCACCCACUACCACUGCAUCUAGCCAUGCACCGGGCAUCAGAGAGCCAACCCCAUUCACAGUGCCCAGCCGGAGGAGUUUGCCUCCUGAGCAGCAGCAGGAAUGUGCCAGACUAGCCAGUAGCAUCCCUUGCCCUCCCUGGUCUUUCCAGAGAAGCAAGUCCUUGUUUUGUUUGCCCACCCAAGGCCCCUCCCCAGUCUCUUCAGCUGAACCACAGUGGUUUUCUAACAUCGAUGCCCCAAGCCACAGGGCAUCAGAGAGGAAGCCUGGUCCCCUCUUCUCCAUUGAUGAUUUAGAGGGGGCCCAGGAGACAGAUGUAGACACAGGCCUGCGGCUGUCCUCCUCCGACCUAUCAGUGGUCUCAGCAUAUUCUGCCCCAAGUACAUUCUGCAGUUCUGUGGAAACUUCCCUGUCUUCUGAAAGAUACAACAGCCACAAGCCAGCGCACAAGGAUCCCAGAGAAGAAAGACCUCUACCUACAGCCAGUGGGAUGACCCCAGAAUCCUCAUGGACUCCCCUCCCCUUCCUCACCAAAGGGUCUGCCAGCUCCUCAGAGACAGCCAUCACUGCCCCCCCAGCUUUCAGUGCCUCGUCUCUCAGAGAAUCAUCCACACAGCUCCCUUCUGAUGCCCCCAAAACUACAAGGGCUGACCAAGAUACACCACCAGCACCAGCAGCAGCAGCAGCAGUGGCUGACGUGGAGGAGUUCUACAUCUGAUCAUGGCUUGUCUUCCAAACACAAACUCAGACCCACAGGCUCAGGUCCCCCGGUGUUCUCAGCCUGGAUUUCCAGGUCUGUCUGGAACACGUUAAUCCGUUUCCGGGGGUUUAUUAGCACAGAGGCCCUGCCACGCCUCCUUAGCUGAGACAAUGUAUUUCUAGGGAUGUGGUGGAAAAAAAUAUUGACAUUUCUAUGCAAAUAAGUUCCCCACAAACUUAAGUCCUAAAAUAUAUUUUGAAUAUUCCAUUAUACAAUUUAAAUGCUUUGUAUAAUUAUUUAAGAUGAAGAGAAAACCCAGUCAGCCAGAGCUGAUUUGGCAAAUGUUUCAUGCUGUGAAAGUGAAACAAUUAAAGCCAACAUGUUGAAUGUGGGAGAGAAAGCAAGUGACUUCUAAGAGCUAUCCAAGCACAAUGACAGAAAGUACGGCUUAUUGGAAGUCCCCCCUCCCCCAUAGAUUUAUAUUUCCACAGGACAAUGGCCCUAGAAAUUUGCAAGUCUUGCUUAGAGCUGACAGGCAGCCUAAGAUGGCUGUCAGCUUACAUCAGACUGCAAAAUUCCUCCCUUCAAAACCCCUGCAACAUACGAAAAUCUGGAUUUGGACCAAAGUGGCUAAUAUGCUUUGAAGAAUUUAGCAUGAGUCACAGAUUCCUGGUGCAGUUAAAUAAUUUCAGUUCUCAAACCUAGAUUUGCAAAUACUUUUUCCAACAACACAUUCACUGCCAUGAAUGAUGGGCUGAAGAUCAGUCCACCAUCUAGGCUGAUUUCGAUCACCCAGACAGAAGUAUAAUAGGAUGUGAAACAUAAUGGUUAGACCGGCUUCAUAAGACUCUUCCACUUUCAAAAGCACAAUCCAAGGGCCACAUCCAUAGCUCUGUAAGUGACAGGAGCCA